AUGAGCGACCGGCCGUUUUCGCUGCAGCCGCGCUCAGCGCCGCAUCAGGGGCCGCAAUCCAUAGCCGAAUUUAUAGAACGAAUCAAAACCCAACCAGGCGGGUUCCGCGCCCUCAAUUCAGCCGAGCUUCGACGGGAAAUCGAAGCCAUCGAAGCCAGCGAUCAUGACGACGACGGCGGCGAUGACGAUAUCGGCGCCGGCGAGAACGAUGUCGAUAUGACCGGCGAUGCAUCCGAGGCCGACGGCGAUAUUCCGGAGAUCAAAGAUGCCGGGGUCGCUCGCGAUGAGGUUCUCCGUUCCAUUCAACAAACCCAUCACACGGCCGUACUCACCCUCAACUUCAUCUCGUUGCUGCUGUCGAAGGAAAACCCGGGCCCGGCCAUGACGACGCUUAGCCCCGACCUACGCGAUAUGGUCGGAAUUGGAACUAUCGGCGCGACAAUGCUUCAUGGCCCCACAGCAAUGGCUCAGAGUAGGGUAUCUGACCACAAGAUGGUGGCUAUUGGGAAGCGCCUGAUCGACCUGAACAAGGCCGCGGAUACCGCGUUGGCAGCGUCUAAGCGACUACAACGGGAAAUCACGCUGGAAACCAAGUACUGGUCGGAGGUACUGGGGGUAGGAGAAGAGGGCUGGCAGACUUUCCGUUUGCCGCACGAACCCCAAACUCUCGGCGUCAAGUUUGGGUUUUCCAACACUGGGCCGGAAUUCAAGAACAAUGGGAUUGCGCCCUUGAGGAGGGCCGAGGAUGGGUCGGUGAAGUUGGAACACGCGGCUACGAACGGCGGGUCGAAGAGACUCCAGGUCAGGAUCCUCAGCGACGGUGUUGUUAUCGGGAGAUCAUCCUUGCCACAACCACUUGCUCCCGACGCUCCAUUAUCCGACCGCGUCAAGGAGUCGAGGGACACGGUGUUUGCCCAGGAACUGUGGUACGAGAUAACACGCGAGAUCCGCGACAAGCUCGACUACGUCGUUCGCAUGUCGGAUUCGACUGCGACGUACGACUUGGACUCCAAAACCGCCAUCUCCGUCCAGCUCGUAACACUCGGCGACGAGGAAUCCGCCACAGCGCAGCACCCGGGAGCCCCAGACUCCGUCGCGAAUGAGCUCAGCGCGGCCCUAGGCCUCUUGCUCUGCAAUGCGCACCGAGCAAAUGAGCUGAAGCGUUCCGUACCCAACGCCAAAUCAGGCUCGCUCCCUCCCUACUCCAUCCUCCGGCCGCUCAUCGCCUAUCACAGGUACCGCCAGGCCGUCCAGGAAUGCACCGAGUCCCUCAAAACCCUCGUUUCCGUCCUCCGCUCUGCCGGUGUCGCCUCUACCAUCGAGAUGAAGGAGCCCGUCCUGGCGCCGCUACCCGGCAGCACCAUCCCAGCAUCGACCUCGCUCGCCUCACUCCUCCUCCAACCACCAAUCGUCCAGUUCGAUUUCACCAUCACCCCAACCUCGCGCUUGCGCAUCCACCUCAAACCCAGCCCCCUCUCCGGCGCGUCGUACUCGAUUUCUCUCCUCCCACCUCUCCAGCAACUACAAAACGGACAAAUGCCCAACUUCUCUAAAGCCAUCAACCCCCUCGCCGCCCUCUGCCCGCCAACCCCCGAGGAUUACUUCAGCCUUUCUGAAGUUCUCGCCCAUCUAUACGCCUCUGUCGCAUCCGCCUUCGCCGCCGGCUACUUUGAACUUGCCAUGACUUUCACCCCCGCUUCUAGGACCGAGCCAGAGAACAACAACACGGCCUUUACCGAUCCCGAUGCCGCAGCAGUGUGGGGCAUGGAUCCCCUAUGCAGGGGGAUCGUGGACUUGGACACCGGCGGGCAAUACGGCGUGCACUUUGCACUUGUACCUCAAGGCCCUGCCACUGCCGCUACGCCGGGAAACCUGCAGUUAGUCGUAGAGGGCAAUUACUACGUACCCUACGGCCAGGGGCAAGGCCAACCCACAAACGGCAGCUAUGCUCAAAAUGAGGAUCAGGCAGACGACGGGUUCGGGAAGACGGUCCAUGCCGAGUGGAGGUGGCCAGACCGCGCCGGCCAAGAAACGUUGGAUGAUGUUGUGAGACAGGUGUUGAGCAGCGGGCCUAAGCAAUUGGAGUAG